AUGGAUAUUGAAGAAGAGAGCGACAGUAACAACAGUAGCAGUGACAGCGGCAGUGACAGCAGUGGCGAAGAAGUUGUUGUACCAAAGAAGAAGCCAACAACAUCCACUACUUCAACAACAUCAACAACAUCAACUACAUCAACAACAACAACAAAGAAAUUAAAAAAAGACAAUGACAAUGACAAAGACAACCGAGUUAUAUAUUAUGGAGAGGUUAAAUGCAUGUCUACUACAAAGAUAUGUAGUAACAAUGCGUACUUUAGUGUGACGGGAGAGAAACAACCACUUUAUCUAUGUGGCGUUCAUUCGAAAUCUUACAAGUCUCGUGCCAAGUCUCUGCCAAAACCAACGGCGGCAGAGAAGGAGAAACGACUGGUUGAACAGAUGCAGGGCGAGGCUGACAAGAUUGAAAAGGCACGUCUGGUGAACCAUGGUGCCAAGCGGCCUGGUAACGUGGUUUUGUCUCAACUGCGUAUGAUGAAGUCGCCCGAGCAGCUCGAUGGCUAUCAAAAGGUAUUCCCCAACUUUAAGCACGGCGGACGCAAGGAUGGCCUGGGCAUGCCGUCGCUCUCACCUAUGAGCCUGGGACCGGUUGUGCACAACCAACCAAACGCGCCGCCCUCUUUGAACAUUGAGAACUUCCACCAAGGCUCCAAGUGCUUCGAGCAGGAUUUUGAAGCUGGUCCCGGCAAGGUGGUGGGUGAUCGCUAUCGCAAGAGUCGUGAUCAGAUGUUCCAAGACAGCGAACCACAUCGUCACAAGUACAAGGACAGCAAUGGAAAGCCAAAGAUUCCAGACUGCUUCAUUUGGUAUACGCCAGAUGGCAAGGAGCAUCGUCUUGGAGCACUGGAAUGUCGUCAAUUCUAUUGCAAUUACUAUGAACGCUUGGCUUCACAGCAAGAAGACUUUAAGAACCUACGAGAACUAAGAAACAAUGGUACCAACCUUCAGAUCAUUGGCUAUGAUGCAAGGUCCAUUGCACCAGGUGAUGAGUCCAUCAACCUCGAGUACACCAACACCAAGAAACCAUUCGGUCACGAGCUGGUACUCUACACCAUGUUGCAAAUGAGUGAUCCCAGCAAAUAUCCAUGGAGGAGUCCCAAACACAAGACCUUUGAAUUCUAA